AUGGCGCAGCAAUCCAGCAUACUGCGAAAGCAUCCUUCUUCGCGAUGGUGGGAUGAGGUAAGUGUUCUUGAGAGCAGGGGGCAUGGCCACAAAUUAUGGUCAUGCAAAUACUACCCAAUGGUGAACAAACUGAGUGGUGUUGAUCGUGUGCGAGCUCAUCUGUUAGGAGAAGGCCCAGGCAGCAAGGAUAUUGUGAGUUGUCCUCUCAUCCCAGGUAACAAGAAAGCGGAUCUGCUCAAUAUGCAAAAGGUUAUUGAUUCCGAGAAAGGGGCAAGGGGGAAGAAACGGCCGAAUGAAUCUGGUGGUGCUUCUAUGAGAAUGGAUGGCAAUGUCCAAGGAUUUCCACCGGUGGUAUCAUCCCAGUCAAGUGGAAGUGGCUGCAGUUCCCUGUUUUUUAGCAAACAGAGUCAAGUCCAUAUUGUUGAUUCGAUGGAUCCUAAGCGGAAGAACCGAGUUGAUGUGGCUAUCGGAAGAUUUUUCUGGAAUGAACACAUUCCAUUUGUCAAGGCUCGGUCACCUUACUUCCUCAACAUGAUACAGGAAGUUGCCAGGCAUGGUGUGCCUUAUGCACCACCAAAAUAUGAUGAUCUCCAGGAUAAGCUUUUGGUGAAAGAGAAACGAUUCAUUGACAUUGAGAUGGCGUCCUUGAGGAAGCAGUGGGAGCAGAGGGGUGCAACCAUAUGCGCAGACGGGUGGGUAGAUAGGAGGAAUCGGCAUAUCAUGGGGCUUGUGGCAUAUAGUCAAGGACGAGGAGCCUUUUUGAAGGCUAUCGACAUUUCCUUAAUAGGAAAAACAGCUGAAAAUACUCUGCGCUGCUGGGAAGAAGGCAUUAACAUUGUAGGUGCAGAGAACGUUGUCAUGGUUGUGACCGAUGGGGAAAAUGCAAACAGAGCAGCAGCAACACUUUUGCAACAGAGGUACCCGAAAAUUCAAUGGGCAGCAUGUUUUGCCCAUUGCUUGAACAAUGCCUUGAAAGACUUUGGUGUACUUCCAUGGAUGGCAACACUUCUGGAGCGUGGAAAGUCUUUGGUGAUCUUCGUUAGAAACCACUCUCAUAUAGUGGCACUGCUGGUGGAGUUUACUCACAAGCGAUUGCUGCGUUAUUGUGAUACCAGGUUCGGCUACAACUUCAUUAUGAUGGAGAGGCUGGUGGAGCUCUGA